AUGGAUGUGCCCAGGAUGGCUGAGGGCCUCUUCAGCAGCACGCUGUCCUCGUCAGGCGGUGGCCAUCACGUGCCUACCUACCUGACGCUGGAGCAGAAGGCCGCCUUCGUCUUUGUGCUGCUGCUCUUCAUCUUCCUGGCCCUGCUCAUUGUGCGCUGUUUCCGCAUCCUGCUGGACCCCUACCGCAGCAUGCCCUCAUCCAACUGGACAGACCACACGGAGAAGGACACAUUCGAUUACCGCAUCGUCUGA